AUGAACGUGCACCCGCCUCCUAGGAGGAGACUCAGGCGCAGUCGCGUCCUCUUCUUCAUCUCAGGUGUGCUGCUGUGCGUCGUCUACACGCUGACUCUGAAGGCCAGGCUGUCGGAGCCGCGAGCCUCCGCCCAGGCGUAUGACACCUUCGCAGGAGAGGAGGGCGGUCAUGACGCCGUGGAGGUCAGUAUUCGGGAGGUGAUGGCACCCAAUGAGACGCAGGAGGAGGUUGUCACACCUGCGAGCACCAAACCUCCUCUGGUAAUAAUCGUCAACAGGACAGAUAUCGAACAGUGUGUCUAUGUGGAUCCUAAACCUCCCAAACCUCCUCCAACUCAACCUCCUACCACUCAACCGCCAACGACCACCACCACAGCUCGCCCACGCCCCCCUGUACCGCCCCCUCACAGGAAGGGCGAGUACCCUGAGGACCUCUUCUCGGUGGAGGAGCGACGGCAAGGUUGGGUGGCCCUGCACGUCCUAGGUAUGACUUACAUGUUUGUCGCCCUGGCGAUCGUCUGCGAUGAGUUCUUCGUCCCUGCGCUGGAAGUCAUCACCGUCAAACUGCAGAUCUCUGACGACGUGGCCGGAGCCACCUUCAUGGCGGCCGGAGGCUCCGCUCCAGAGCUCUUCACCUCCCUCAUCGGCGUGUUCGUCUCCCACAGCAACGUGGGCAUCGGCACCAUCGUGGGCUCGGCCGUCUUCAACAUCCUGUUUGUGAUUGGCAUGUGCGCCAUCUUCUCCCGGGAGAUGCUGCACCUCACCUGGUGGCCGCUCUUCCGGGAUGUGACUUUCUACAUCCUGGACCUCAUCAUGCUCAUCAUCUUCUUCCUGGACAACAUGAUCCUGUGGUGGGAGAGCAUGUUGCUGGUGACUGGCUACAUCAGCUACGUGACGUUCAUGAAGUUCAACAGUCAGAUCGAGAACGUGGUCAAGACGCAGCUCAACAAGCACAUGAGCAUCGUCAAAGUGUGGACCGGCGAGGAGCCGGAGAAGGAGAGUGAAGCUGCACCACCUCCUCCUCCUCCUCCUCCUCCUGCUCCUGCUCCUGCACCUGCACCUCCUGCACCUGCUGCACCGAAAACUGAAGACAAAUCGAAACCAGAACCAGCGGCGCCUCCGGGAACCCCUCAACACAAACCAGCAGAAUCACAAGAGGACAAAGCGAAACUUAAGGUGCAUCCCGUCCUGCAGCGAGGAGGCAGCUCGGCUUCUCUUCACAACACGUCGCUAAGGAGCACCAUCUUUCAGCUGAUGAUCCACACGCUGGACCCUCUGGGAGAAGAUGAUGAACCAAAGCCAAAGUCUGAUCAGGUCGCCGCUGCAGACGCCCCUGCACCGGCGGGCGCUGCACCCGAGCCGUCCACCUCACAGCCUCCGAAGCCAGAGGAGACGGCUGAGAACGCGGCUGAGAAGACGGACGACCAGCCGGAAGAGCCGAAGGUACCAGCGGGGGGAUCUGAGGGUUCGGACGGUAGCUCGGACGAGAGUGGUGAUGAAGAAAGCAGCGGCUCUGAUGAGAGUGAAGGAAGCGAUGCUGCUGACGACGACGGAAACAAAGAGGGGGAAGAAAAGGAGGAAGAAGAAGAGGAGGAGGAAGAAAACGAGCCGUUGUCUUUAGAGUGGCCCGAAACCCCACGCAAGCAGGUCACCUAUCUGUUGCUGCUGCCCAUCGUGUUCCCGCUGUGGCUCACGCUGCCGGACGUACGCAACCUGGCAUCCAGGAGAUUCUUUCCCAUGGCAUUUAUCGGCUCCAUCCUGUGGAUCGGAAUUUUCUCCUACAUGAUGGUGUGGUGGGCUCAUCAGGUGGGUGAGACUGUCGGCAUCUCAGAGGAAAUAAUGGGCCUGACGAUCCUGGCGGCCGGGACUUCCAUCCCAGACCUCAUCACCAGUGUGAUCGUGGCCCGGAAAGGUCUGGGAGACAUGGCCGUAUCGAGCUCAGUGGGCAGUAACAUCUUCGACAUCACUAUAGGUCUGCCAGUCCCGUGGCUCAUCUACACUGUGUUACACAACGGCGAGCCGGUGGCCGUCAGCUCCAACGGCCUGUUCUGCGCCAUCGUGCUGCUCUUCCUCAUGCUCCUCUUCGUCAUCAUCUCCAUCGCGGUCUGUCGCUGGAAGAUGAGCAAAAUGCUGGGCCUCACCAUGUUCGUACUGUACUUUGUGUUCCUCGUCCUCAGCGUCAUGCUGGAGGAUCGCAUCCUCACCUGCCCCAUUUCCAUCUGAGCACCCCCGAGUCGAGGCGGAGGGAGCGCACGCCACCGCUGCACGUGACUUAG